UUUAAGCUUUUCCACGAAAAUUGGUUGUCAUAUUUCAUUUUUUACAUUUUGCUUGGCUAUUUUUCUACAUUUUUUUUUACAUUUAUUACAUUUUCUACACCCCAUCAAAAUUCCGUUGAGAUGUGUAAUUUAUUGCCCAAGCCGAAGGAAACCGAGUGAUGGAGAUAAAAAAGUAAAUCCAAAAACUUUUCAAUCUUCACAAAAAAGCAGUUUUAUUGUGAUUUCAAAGCGAUUUACGCGUGUUUUUCCUGAGAAAAGAUGGAUGAUCUGCAAAAUCACAUAGCUAGGAUCCGUGUGCCUAGCAGCUACGACAAUAUUUUCAAAGACGAAUGCGUGUUUUCCUUUGACACCCCGGAAUCAGAGACUGGGCUGUAUGUCUGCCUCAAUACGUUCCUUGGCUUUGGUAAGGACUACGUGCUGGGGUACUAUGAGAAAACGAAGAAUGCCGUAUUCUUGCACAUUCGACGCUUUAAGACAGAAAUCCCACCUGAAGGUGGUGGCGCCGAGGGUCCGGAGAAGAAGAUAACACGCCUGGCAAUUGGGAUUGAAGGUGGAUUCGAUCCAGGUGCAGGGAAGAAGUACACGUAUGAGGAUGUGUACCAUGUGGUGGUACUUCCGGACUUCCACAUGAUCCCCUACAGUAAGAAUCUACCGCAGCCGGUGGUUAAUUCCGUCACGGCAAUCCUUGCGGCGGAUUCGGCAAUGAAGAAGGUGGAGAAGAAUUCGCUGACGGGCACAUGGGACGGGGAGGUGCGUCAGGUGUCGGCAUGCGCUAAGAAUCUCGCGCAGCUGGACAAUGGCAGGAGGAUUCCACCGAGUGGAUGGAAGUGCGAUAAAUGCGACCUCACCACGAAUCUCUGGCUAAAUCUCACAGAUGGAGCAGUACUCUGUGGCAGGAGAUUCUUCGAUGGUUCCGGUGGGAAUGAUCAUGCUGUGCUGCAUUACAAGGAGACCGGCUACCCAUUGGCCGUGAAGCUGGGAACGAUUACGUCCGAAGGCAAGGGUGAUGUCUACAGCUACGAAGAGGAUGACAUGGUGGAGGAUCCCUACCUGGUGCAGCAUCUUGCACACUUUGGCAUAAAGAUCAAUCAGAUGGAAAAGACGGAGAAGUCCAUGGUUGAGCUGGAGCUGGAUCUCAAUCAACGUGUCGGCGAAUGGAGUCUCAUGUGUGAGAGUGGCAGCAAUUUGAUCCCAAUGUCAGGACCAGGAUGCACGGGUAUGCAGAAUCUGGGGAAUUCUUGCUACCUCAACAGCGUCAUGCAGGUUAUGUUUACAAUUCCGGACUUUGUGGAGCGCUUUGUGACAAAUGCCGAUGGGAUCUUCUCAAAGUACCCCAAUGAUCCGGCCACGGAUUUCAAUACGCAAAUGGCAAAACUCGGUGUGGGGCUUCUCAGUGGGAAGUACAGUACUCCGCCUAAUGGUGUGCUGGAAGCUGAACCACCGGGAAUCUCCCCGGCAAUGUUCAAGGCGCUCAUUGGAAAGGAUCAUCCGGAAUUUUCGACAAAACUCCAGCAGGAUGCUCAUGAAUUUUACCUUCAUCUCGUGACAACGCUUGAAAAAUUCAGUCGUGGUCAGCUUAAUCCCGCGGAUGCUCUCAAAUUCUCCGUCGAGGAACGCGUUAUGUGCUCUGCAAGUGGGAAGGUGAGGUACAGCACGAGGAAUGAGUGGAGCUUGCCCCUGCAGAUUCCCCUGCAUUUGGCUAAAAACAUCCCCGAGAUUCGGGCGUAUGAGGAGAAGCUUGCCGAAGCGAAGAAGAAGGGAGAGAAAUUGGAUCCAAAUGAGGCGGUUCGCCCACAAAUUCCCUUCGCUGAGUGCUUGAAUGCCUUCACCAACGAAGAGAUCAUCGAUCAAUUCUACAGCACUGCCAUUAAAGAUAAGACCAAGGCAAAGAAGAUCACACGACUCGCCACAAUGCCGGACUAUCUCAUGAUUCACUUCAAGAAGUUCACACUAAAUGAUGAUUGGUCAUCGCAGAAACUCGAUGUUUCCAUUGAUGUCCCCGAGGAAUUGGAUCUGAGUGCACUGAGGGCAGAACCAAGGCGAGAGGGUGAGGAACUUUUGCCGGAGAUUGCUGGACAACCACCACCAUUGCCGCCAAUGGAUGAAUUAGUGUUGGAACAGCUUGUUCAGAUGGGAUUCCCGCUGGAGUCCUGCAAGAAGGCAAUCUUCUUCACGAAGAAUACUGGCGUUGAGAAUGCCACGCAGUGGAUUAUGGAGCACAUUACGGAUGCAGACUUUAGUGAUCCCUUCGUUCCACCUGGAACUGAUGCUCCGCGAUCUGCUUUUGUGGCUGAUCCCAAUGGACUGCAGAUGCUGAUGGGGAUGGGCUUCACUGAGAGGCAGGCAACAAAAGCCCUCAGGGAGACGGGAAAUAACAUUGAGAGAGCAGCUGAUUGGAUUUUCUCGCAUCAGAGUGAAUUGGAUGCAAUGGAGACGACUGAGGAGGCACCAGGUCCCCGAGAAAUUCCCAUCAGGGAUGGAGGAAGCAACUAUAAGCUUGUGGCCUUCAUCUCGCACAUGGGAACAUCCGCUCAGAUGGGACACUACGUUUGUCACAUCCUGAAGGAUAAUCAAUGGUUGAUAUUUAAUGACAACAAAGUAGCUAUCUCGCAGAAUCCUCCAAAGGAUCUUGGCUAUCUCUACCUCUACAGGCGCACCUAAAUUCAAUGCCUCAUGCUGCACAUUGUCACUCAACUAAGGAAGGAAGUAAAAGUCCCCAAAAAGGACUUUUCUACGUGAGUUUAAAUUUUUUACACGACGCAAAUUUAUGACAGAGUGUAAGGAAAUGUAAAAUAAUGGAUAAUCCAUUUUUAUUUUUCCCAGUUUUUUUUCUUCUUACAUUUUCCACAUCAUUAAUUUUUUCUCCUUGAUUGUUUGAGCUGCUAAACUGUUCAAAAAUCUUCCGGAUGCAUUUCUUUCAUCGUCUGUAAAUCAUAUUGCGUAUCAAGCAUUAAUAAAUGAUUAUAAAUUUAA